AUGGUCCGGCUUUCUGAUAAUCGGCUUAAAAAAUCACACGAGAAGACGGCGGUGGCAACGACGGCGACGACGGCGGGGGCAGCAUCUUCACUGGCCCUCAAGGAUUCUAACGAUGGUUUUGUAAAGAGCGUAUCUGCCAGCGGUGCGUUCGGAGACAAUGAGCCCGACAUUUCUCAUCGUGGAACUCGAGAAUCCAUCCCCCUUCCUGCCUUUCCCUACCGUCAUUCCUCUAAUAGAGAAAUCCCAACAGUGAGGACGCAUCCCACAAGUCAUCCGCCACCAGAAAUACCUCCACCAACAUCUGGCGCUUCGUUGGCGUUCACAGCACUCCAAUUCCUACCUACUCCGUUGUUGGUUCUCGGGAGCAAUAAGACGGUGGUCUUGGCAAAUGAAGCUAUGGGGAGGCUAUUGGGCAUGGAACCACCGAACCAGAAUGUUAAUCGUCUAGCGGGAGCGGCUGUCAAAGAACCGCCGAGUCCAUCUAUCACGGAUCUGUUGCAAGGUAAAGAUUUGUCCGAACUUGGAGUCAAUAUUCUGCAACGUGAUAGUCCACUAUGGGUUAGCUGGGAGCUGUUUCUUGAAGCUUUGGCAAAAGACAUGACUGGGGAUGAGGACGGUUUUGCGAACGCCAAUUCCCUAAUAAACAAGGCGGGAGCUACUUCACCUGCCUCGGAUGCGCCACCACUUUUGCGAGGGCAUCCAGUUCGGGAUGUGGCUUUGGAUGUAUCUUUGAGCAAUCAUGGACACAAAGAAAGUGAUAAUCACCCGCGCCCCAUCCAAAUACAAGCAAAGAUGAUCGUCUCCAUCUGGGUUCUUGAUUCUGAGAGAUACUUCACUCUUACAUUUACAUCCAUGGCUUCACCACUAUCGCCAACUGCUGUAGAUGGGUCUUUUUUCCCGAAAGUAAGUGCGCCGUGCGUUGACCCAGAGCCAGCCAGGCUUGGGUCUGCCUUGUUACCAAUGGGUGCUCCAGCUUCUUCAGACAUAUCGACAUCCCCUUCAGUCCUCGAUAGAAUGAUGCGGAUGAAGGAUGCAGUCCUUGAUGCCAUGGAAAUUCCUGUAUUCGGGAUGUGGCAUGAUGGCUCGAUGGGUUUUACAAACCGUGCAGCUCAAGAGAUAUCGCUUGCCGAAAGAAAUAUCUAUACCUUCCACCGCGACGAGCUCCAUAGGUGGUACAAGCUAUACUCUGAGGAUUUUGAGCGUGAAUUAGAAAUGGAUGAGUACCCAUUAGUCAAAUUAGUUAAAACAAAGAAAGCCAUUAGCCCCGGGAGAUUCGGCAUGUACUCGAGAGAGGGUAAAAAAAUGGUCUUUGACGCCCAUGGCGAUGGGAUCUACGAUAAUGACACCGGGGAAUUUCUUGGUGGUUUAAUCUGGCUGAGAGACGUUACAGAAUACCAGGAGAAGUUAGUGGUGCAGGAAGAAACGAAUGAGCUGCGAUUCAUGACCAUGUGUGAUUGCAUGCCUCAGUUGAUAUGGACCACCAGACCGGAUGGAUAUCACGACUACUACUCAAAAAGAUGGUACGAUUUUACCGGUCUUACAAAGGAGGAGUCUCUAGGAAUGGGCUGGAAAGCACCCUUUCAUCCCGAAGACAUGCCGUUAGUGAUCAAGGAGUGGAUGCGCUGUCUGGAAACAGGGCAAGACUACACCGUAGAAUACCGCUGUCGACGUCACGACGGAGUGUGGCGAUGGAUGCUCGGCCGAGCACUGCCACUUCGAGACCCCCGGACAGGUGAAAUUAUCAAAUGGUAUGGAACCUGUACGGAUAUUCACGACCUUGUCGAAGCGCGAUCCGAGGCCCGCCGCACUCGCAAGCAGCUACAAGAAGUUCUCCAACAUUCUCAGAUAACAUUAUGGGCAAUUGACUGUAGCAACCACAUCACGUUGCUGGAAGGGUCAAUAAUCUGGGAUCUUCACAACACCGCCGAAUCUUACAUUGGUGUGGAUAUCUACGAAUUGUUCCAGGAUUGCCCGGAAUUCCUACACCCUAUCGAGAACAUCCUUAACGGCAAAGAUAACUUGCUAUAUUCAGAGACCGAACUGAACGACGGACGGUGGUUCAGGACAAAGUAUGUGCCCAUACUAGGCAAGAAGGGUAGCGCCGGACAAUAUGACCAGAAUUACGUAGCAGGCAUCAUUGGGGUAUCUCUAGAUACCACGGAGGUGCAUAAUGCGAGCGCGGAGCUGGAAGCAAGGGAGCGAGAAAAUCGAGUGUUAGCUGCAGCCGAGAGCGCCGCAAAGGAGGCGAGUAAGCUUAAGAGCGAGUUUCUUGCAUCUAUGUCGCAUGAAAUCAGGACGCCAAUUGCAGGUGUUGUCGGAAUGGCCGAAAUCAUUCUGGAUACAAACCUCGAUACGGAGCAACGCGAAUUUGCGGAGAACAUCCAACGGUCAGCCAAUGCACUGCUGACCGUCAUCAAUGACAUUCUUGACAUAUCCAAAGUCGAGUCUGGACGGCUCGAUAUCGAAGAGGUUCAGUUCAGCUUACCGCUUGUGGUCCAGGAUGUGACUAAGAUGUUGAGCUUUGAUGUCGAGAGGCGAAAAUUGGCUUUUGAAUGCGAUGCUGAUUGGGGUGAGGCUGGGGAGAAUAUGACAGUUAUCGGGGACCCGGGAAGGAUUAGGCAGAUAUUAACCAACUUACUGACAAAUAGUAUAAAGUUCACCCACGAGGGGUUCAUUAAGUUGUAUGUUGAAGUCGUGAAGGAGGAUGACGAAUCCAUUGUUGUACGAUUUGAAGUCAAGGACUCUGGUAUCGGGAUCGAUGACGAUGUACAACAAAAGCUAUUCCAGCCAUUUACUCAAGCAGAUUCGUCGACGGCGAGGAGAUUUGGCGGAACAGGGUUAGGCUUAACCAUCAGUAAAAAUCUUGUUGAUCUUAUGGGUGGUACCAUUGGCCUUUCCUCUAGCCUUGGCGCUGGUACAACUGCAUACUUCACGAUACCAUUCCAUCGUCCACAGUACCAAAAUGGGUGCUUGCAACCCGCAGAUAUUAGUAGUCUUCCAGAUAGGUUGCAAUCGGACGUGUCUGUGUCUUGUCGAUCAUCCGAUUGCGGUAUUUCAACGCCGCCCGAGUCUCCUAUAGAUAUUGCUCUAAAAAGGACAAGAUCUUCAAGCCAUUCAACGAAUUUAUUAAAGAGAAUUACGCCAGCACCAGCGACGGCAGCAGAGAUUGAAAGAAACCUGGAGGAAAGGAAAAGAACCCAUGUGUUGGUCGUCGAAGAUAAUGAUAUCAACCAACAAAUUGCGAUAAGGUUGAUCAAGAAGCUUAAUUUCUCUGUCUCGGCUGUAAGCAAUGGACUAGAGGCCCUUGAGUUCCUCAAGGAAGCGAUGCCACCAAGCUCCACAGAGCCCGGAUCACCAUUGAAUAGCGAUGCUUCAUCUUCAUCUUCUUCAACAACACGUCCACAACGGCCAGAUAUCAUUCUUAUGGAUGUUCAAAUGCCUGAACUCGAUGGAUACAGUGCCACCCGCAUAAUCCGUUCCGGAAAACUAUAUGAGUAUCCAACCGAAGCUAAUAAAGAAAUCUCACUUUGGAGAAACCCACGAAACCCCAAACCAGCACCAAAAAUACCGGACGGGCCCAGUCCCUCUUCGGAAUGGUUGUCGGCAGUCCCAAUCGUCGCCAUGACAGCCUCUGCAAUUAGAGGUGACCGCGAAAAAUGUAGAGAUGCUGGAAUGGACGACUAUCUCGCCAAGCCUGUGAAAUGUACAACGCUUGAGAAAAUGUUACUGAAAUGGUGCCCUGGAAAGCAUGCAUUGCGCAGUAACAGUUACCCAAUUGGUGCUCCAUCAUCGACGCCGUUUGCUAGUAGUGGUGACCUUUCACUCACGGGUUCUAAGAAAUCGCCAUUUACGAUGGCGGCGAUUGCACAUGCUAUUGGGAUGGACAGCAAUGCACCGCCAGGACCGGGAUCAAUGGCGGUGACUGAGAAGGGAAUUGUGUCGAGCCCGGAUAUCAAGAGGGUUGUCGUGGAGCCACCGUCGCUAUCGACAGUUGUGUCGGUAAACAGCACUCCGAAAGCAUCUGAUCGCCACGGAAGACCAGUGGAGGAUCCGUUCGACUCCAUGUAUGCCUCUGACGAGAACAGCAUGCACGGAAUCAACAUAUCAGUAUUGAAACGGCAACUUCAGGAAGAGGUUAUGAAUAGUGCAGCUGGGGCAAAUGGGCGAGAGAGAGAAAAUCUGAAAGAAACCAGCCACGGGAAAACAACACGGGGAAGAACAACAGAGUCAAUGCCGCGGAUAAUGCAUGCUGCUUCAGCCCCCAUGUAA